AUGCUGAUUCAGGCGAACAAAGCUCAAAGCACAAGCAGCAUCGCCAAACGAAUUCAAGCCGAGCAGACGCAGCUUUGGCUUAAACAUGGCAAAAAGCCGGAGGACAUUUUCACGAUGCUACAGCUGGAGAAGGCAGGAGAUACGCUUUUCGAGAACCCGCUGUUCAGUGCUUGGAUCAAGUACGCGGACGAUUUUCGAUUGCUUUACGACACCGACCUGGCCACAAUGUCCACUUUGAUCAGUCACUACAGUGACGAAGCCGUGGCGAAGAUGAUCACGAAGGCGCAUGGAAAUUCAAAAACGAAAAAUAUCGCCGAACGAUUGGAAUCCGAACUACAGCGCGAUUGGCUCUUCACUAAACAAUCCACGUAUGAUGUCUUCAUUAUGAUGAACCUCGACCGGACACUGGACAAGGUGCUUGAAAACCCGCUUUUCAGCGUUUGGUACAACUACGGACUCUAUGUCAAUAAAAUGAACCUCGGGGGUAAAUGGAACCCGGCCGAGUUAUUGACUCGCCUCUGUGGUGGUGACCAACAGCUUUCCGACGUGCUGAUAGCAGCGACGAAAGUACCGAGUACCAGAAAGAUGGCAGUGGAGUUGCAAAAGUGGCAGAUGACCCGUUGGCUGGAGAAAAGGGUGGAGCCAAAAAGAGUCCAUUCAUUGCUGGGUGUAGAGGGAGCGGCGGACGACGUUAGUCUCCUUCUUUACAGCAAAUACGUCGAAGGGUAUGACAAGCUUAUGGGUAUUCUCGCAAGGAAUGCGCGCUAA